AUGGCAUGGAAUGUUUGGUCCCUCAGCUUCCAGUGUCGCUCCAGUGCCACUCUGGUGAUGUCACAAAAUGAGAAGGCCCAGCACAGGCCCUUCGUGACGCUGCUCCACCACCUGCCGCCAUCUUGUGCCUUUCCAGCACAGGGAACUCAAAACCUCCUCAAAACCAGCCUGGGCAAGCAGCUGUGCAUGUCCUGCUUUGAGACACCUCAGCCUUCAAAUCACUGGCACAGCCUUUGCAAAUCAGGCUGGACUUUUGCCUUGACUCCAUUUCCCACUCAUUUUACCAGUAUUCUUCUCCAAGCAAACUGCUCCAAAGUUGUCAGCUUCCGUGUAGCUUCAGCGAGCCCGAGUGAGACUCUAAAAGUGACAGACCAAAGGCAGUUUGCCACAGAUUUUAUGAAACUUGUGGAUGCCGAGGACACCAAGUUUUGUAUUGACAUUCUGGAAAACAUUCAGGUUUUGUCAGAGGAUAUAUGAGGGGAAAAUCUGUCGAGGAAUUCCCUGUUACUCAUGCUUUUAUGGACUAAACUAUGGAAUGAUCAGCAUCUGAACAACAAGGUCUCCAGUGCUGAAGUGCCUCCAUGCGUAAUGAAAUGCUAUCUUUGAUAUGAUGGCCUAAAUAAAAAAGGGGGGAAAGACAAAAUGGAGUUGUUUAAUUGAUUUAUUUCUGGAUCACUCAGGAGAGUACAGAGACUUCCAUCAGUCAAUCACCACUUUAAAAAUAAUUCAGGUCUGCAGUGACUGGAAAUAAUUUUCUUUUUUUUGUUUUUUUUCACUUUCUUCAUGGACUUUUCAAGUACUUUAUCAGUGAUGGUCAAAAUGUC